AUGUCCCAACCACCAAUAACCACGGCCCUACGGGUUUGGUACAAGUGGAAGGCCCUCCGGCUGCCAUGGAGACGUCGAUUCCUCGUCGGCCUCGACCUAAACGGCAACACCUACUGGGAAUUCCUCGACCGCGGCGUGCCCAUCCCGCCCCGCGACCGCAACCCCAACCCCCACAACCCCCCGCCCUCCACCUCCACCCCCUCCUCCCCCAACACCCCCCCCAUCCGCUGGCGACGCAUGGUGGUCUGCCCGCCCGGCACGCACCAAGGCUCGGUCAACCCGCCGCCGGCCUGGCACCAAUGGCUGCGGCACACGCGGGCGGACCCGCCCUCGCUGGCCGAGCAGCGGGGCGAGGUGGCGCGGCAGGCGCGCAUGCGGGUGCUGGCCGCGGAGGCGGACGCGCGGUGGGAGGCCAAGCCGCGCGUGGCGGGGGACGGGGUGGCGGACGGGAUACAGCAGCAGAAGGAGGGGCGGUUGAUGGGGGUGAGGGUGCCGCCGUUGGAUACGGAGAGGCGGGUGGGGCCGGGGAGUAAGGUUUUGGCCGAGGAGGGGAAACAACACGGGGGUGGGAAAUUGGGGGAUGAUGAGGUCGUGGAGAGGAGGGAGGAGACGUGGAAGAGGAUGCGGCAGGAAGCUGGGUCGGAGGGUGGUGGUGAAGGGGGGAAGAAGAGCACAGCCGAGAAGGUCAAGGGGCCGGAUCCGUGGAAGCAGGCGAGGGGAGGGCCGAGUGAACAGUGGCAGCCCAAGGGCUGGGAGCCAGCUGCUAAGGGGAAGAAAUGA